UUUAUUGUUUUGGCCACCGUCACGGCAUUACGCCAGCGAAAACUUGAAGACAGUCACAAUAGAAAGCAAGGGGCAAAAGAGAGACAGGACCACGCAGUCAAGACUAACUACCGUAAGAGAUAAGAAGAAGGAUGCCUUGGUUUGGGUUGAGCAAGAGAGACCAUGACGAUGACGACGAUGACAUUCUAAGCGACGGGGACUACUAUAAUGACGAGAACAACGACGACGACAACAGCAGUUCCACAAGUGACGAGUACGAAAAGGUGGAAGAAGGCCAUGCUAACCGAAGCAUGAUUAUUCCUUCGUUGAAUUCGUCUCGGUCGUCCAGUGGUUCCGAAGGCGAUGAAGAAGACCUCCAAUUGUCAUUUCGGCCGUUACAGCCGUGCGAUCGACAACAAAUACAGGAGUUGCACGAACAGUGGUUUCCCGUCACGUACAGCAACGAAUUCUACAACGAUUUGGUCAACAAUCAUCGACUCGCCACCUCGGGAGAUCAUCUCUUUACAUGUGUCGCCACGGUACCCAAUACACCCGCCAAUCAACGACGUCCCACCAAAAAGCCGGAACAAAUGCAACUACACAUGUACUGUCAAGAAACGCAAUCUACGGACAACCCACCACCGCCAACCAUGAUCCAACCGCAAAAACCCGACCCACCUGAUGAUGAACAUGAUAACAGCCACGAAAUCAUUGUGGGCUGUGUUGUCGGUGCCUUUUUGCAUCCCUCCCGUCUCAAUACUGCCACGCAACAAUUACUGGUACCCACGCCACAGGUACAUUCCAAGCUAUUCUAUAUCAUGACAUUGGGGACGGUCGAAGAAUACCGAGGCUAUGGCGUUGCCACGUCGCUCGUACAGAAAUGCAUGGAAUUGGUACAAUCCGAUCCUACCUGCGGGGCGCUCUAUCUACAUGUCAUUCCCUUUAAUCGAGCGGCCAUUCGAUUCUACGAAAAAUUGGGAUUCUACCGCACUUGCGCCAUUGAAAAUUAUUACAACAUUCACAAUCAACAGUACGAUUGUUUUCUGUAUGCCAAGUACUUUCAUGGGAACCGUGGUCAUCGAACACUCUACAAACUUUUUUCAGGUGCCAUGUCGUCGUUAUGGCAUCAUUUGAAAUCACCAUUCUCCAUCUUUUCCAACUCGCACCACUAACACGACACACACACGCACACUUGUGUGAUGGGAGCGACUCGCCUACCUAGAAACUAAAAAACAACUAUUACAGCUAACACGUUCUGUCUUGCUCCCUUCCUGUAUGGAUGGAUGGACAGAUUGCUAUCAUCAACAACUCUGAUGACAGCGGUACACAGAAUUGAGCAUUGGAGCACCAACGUGAGUGUCACGCCCCGACAACAGUCCCUACCGGCAAAUGGCGUUUUAUACAAAUCGCGGCCAACAGUAGACUCCUAGCUAGCUGCCGGUAGCUGUCCAUCCCACUAGCUAGUCGGAAUCGAAUCGAUGUUACAAUCGUGUGUUCUUGUCGUGAACAUGAAACGGCAGAAUAUCCACAUGCAGAUCUCGGGAGGGUCAUACGAUUUUAGCAGGCUGGCAGUGGUGGGACUUGCAAUCGCAAGGCACCGCUUGUUUCGCUGUGAAGCGGUCGACUACAGUUUUUAUUUGAGGAUUGAUGCGGAUUGCACAAGUCAGGUUUUGCCACGAAGUCAGCUGGUGAGAGGGGCCGCCAAAAUCAAAGGAGUCCGGUACGACCGACCGCCUCGGUUAGAGAAAGCGAGUGAUGGGCGAGAGAGAGGUAGAGAGAUGAACCCCCACGAGGCGCGGGAAAAGAGGUUGGUGAUGUUGAAGUGCCCAGUCGAGAUACCUUGGAGCUAGGUAGCUUCUUUUGAAACCAACACGAGCCGCAAAGCAACUGCGACACCAUGCAGCUCAAGGGUGCGGAGAUGCUCCGAUUCGACAGUUACAACUGGUUAGCUUGCCAGCAGCAUCCGAUCACGAAGCCGCGGCCUUACAAUGAAUGAAACAGUGCGGUUAUAAAGUGUAGCUAAGAUUUAGUUCUCCAAAUUAUGCAUGU